CAGAGUUUGUUCCAGACGAGUGUCAGACACACAGACGGAGAAACAAAGGAUCAGAUUCACCUUCAGACCAAACACAGUCCAACUACAGGAGAGAAAAGAGGAAAAUCAGACAUGGCUGCUUCGACCUGCUGACAUUCAACACACUGAAUACUAAAUGGCUUCCAGAUCAGAUGAAGAUUACUGCUGUCCAGUCUGCCAGGACGUCUACAGAGAUCCUGUUGUUCUGUCCUGCAGCCACAGCUUCUGUAAAGUCUGUCUGCAGAACUGGUGGAAAGACAAACCCAUCAAGGAGUGUCCAGUUUGUAAGAGAAGAUCCUCAAAACGACCACCCUGUAAUCUGGCCUUAAAGAAUGUCUGUGAGUCGUUCUUACAACAGAGAAAUCAGACAGAUUCAGAGUCUGUCUGCAGUCUGCACUCAGAGAAACUCAAACUCUUCUGUCUGGAUCAUCAGCAGCCAGUUUGUCUCAUCUGUCAAACCUCAAAAAUACACAAUGACCACAGAUUCAGACCCAUCGAUGAAGCUGCUCAGGAUCUCAGAGAGAAGCUCCAGAACUCCUUUAAACCCUUAAAGGACAAGUUAAAGUCUUUAAAUGAAGUGAAAGAGGAGUUUGGUGGAACAGCAGAACACAUUGAGGUCCAGGCCCGACACACAGAGAGGCAGAUUAAGGAGCAGUUUAAGAAGCUCCACCAGUUUCUCCAAGAGGAAGAGGAGUCCAGGAUCAGAGCUCUGAGGGAGGAAGAGGAGCAUAAGAGUCAGAGGAUGAAGGAGAAGAUGGAGGCUGUGAGAAGAGAGAUAGCAGCUCUGUCACAAACAAUCCGAGCCACAGAGGACGAGCUGAGAGGUGAACACGUCUCAUUCCUGCACAAAUACAAGGCUGCAGUGGAAAGAGUGCAGCAGCACCUCCUGCUGGAGGAUCCACAGCUGGGCUCAGGAGCUCUGAUAGACCAGGCCAAACAUCUGGGCAACCUGAGCUUCAACAUCUGGAACAACAUGAAGGACAUGGUCUCCUACACUCCUCUGGUUCUGGACCCAAACUCUGCAGGUCCAAACCUCAUCCUGUCUGAAGAUCUGACUGAGGUGAGAAAAGGAAAAAAACGCAAGCUUCCACAUAAUCCAGAGAGGUUUGGAGAUUUCCUUGUCCUGGGUUCUGAGGGUUUUAACUCAGGGACUCACAGCUGGGAGGUCGACGUCACAGACAAUGAGGAGUGGGCAUUGGGUGUAAGAACAAAGUCUGACCAGGGGAAGAAAGAUCAGGAUGAAAGGUGCGGAGCCAGAUCCCGCACACGGAUUGGACCAGCCAGCCGGAGGAGGACCUAUAAAGAUGACGGAGCUCGGCCGGUCCAUCGUCGCCGUUCUUCCACUCCCAACCCCGUCUUCAUUCUGUUGAUGUUCCUGGUUGCAGCAGUAGGGGUGGGCAGCGGUUUUCUUUCAUCUCGUUUUCUCAUGUUUAAGUAAGGGAGGUUAGACUUUGUAUUUUGGUUUCUUUUCUUUUGCAGGUCAUUCUCGUUUCUUGGGUUAGUAAAGUUAUCUUUGUUAUUUUGGCCUAAGCCCACCUUGAAGUCCCAGCUGCAGUUAUUUUGAGUUUUCAGUACCUGUCUUUACACACUUUGUAAAUAAAUCACCCAUUUGUUAAAAUGCACAACCCACAUCCUGGGGGUUUCUCUGUGGCUUGGGAGUGAGGAAAGGUGUCCACUAAUUCAUGCUAUGCCCUAGGGUCCCCUAGCUGGGGGCGUAACAUGAAUUGGGGGCUCGUCCUUAUUGCACGUUUGUUCUUUUGAGCGACUGAUACAGGGAUAAGUUGGUAAGUUUUUUUCUCUCUCUUUCUCUCUUGUGUGCAGUUCGUGGUUGUGACGGUGGCAGCCAUGUUUGAUUUAGAUGACUUUGUCAUGGCUCCCACAUGGGAUAAAUUGGAUUUAUGUAAAAAAGCUGAGCUGUUGACUGUGGCCAAUUUCUACAAUAUUAAUGUGUCCUACUCUGAUAAAAAGGCUGAGUUGUAUCAGUGUUUGAGUGACAAAUAGGUGGAGAAGGGAGUGCUGAUGCGUUUGGCUGGGGCCACGGGUGUUGCUGUGGAUGAGACGGAAGCGAAGGCACAGGCUGACGCAAAUGAUCGUAAUUUGGAUGUGCGUGUGUCUGCUGCUGCCGCUGCGCAGGGCGCCACUGGCAAAUACGUUGUAUUCUUUUUUGAUAAAGGGGUAUUAAUGAGAAAGUGGACCCCUGGGUCCAGUGUGUGGAAUUCAGUUCGACAGGUGGUUGUGCCAGCGCUGUUCCGCCAGCAAGUUCUGAAUCUGGCCCAUGAUUCCAGUCUGGAUGGACAUCUUGGUGUUAGAAAAACAUAUAACCGCAUUCUCCAACACUUCUUCUGGCCGGGUUCGAAGGGGGAUGUGUCCAGUUAUUAUCGGUCUUGUCAUGUUUGUCAGGUUGUAGGUAAACCAAACCAGCCUGUGCCACCGGCGCCCCUCCGUCCAAUUCCAGUGAUGGGGGAGCUGUGAAAGGCUAAGUACAAAGGCUGAACCCAAAAGCAAGACCACCAAUAACCAGUAAGGUUUAGUGUUUUUAUUAAACACUUUAACAGGGAAUAAUAUACAACACAGAGAUAAUGUAACUUCUGUGAAGCCUCCGAUUCCGGGAAUAAACGUCUGGGCUGCGGGUGAAUACGGC